UUGUUUAAAGCUUCUUUUUAUGCAAAUCCUUAAAGUUGAAAAAAAUGAUUUAUGUAGUGAAUUAUUGUCUGAUCGAUGUUUAUUCUUACCCAUUUUCUAUGCCUUUUGUUUUCAUUUUUCUGAAGGCUCUGUGGGACAAGGCUCUUGAGUUCAGAUUCUUGCUUCAGAAAGCAUUCUCAAGUUCACAUAGAAUCAUGGAUUGCCACAGGCUUUACUUGAGAAGAACCCGUCCUUUGUCCAAGCAACAGAUGGUAAAUCUGGAUGAUCUAGGAUGUCACAGUCAUCUAAGAACAUUGAUGGUGAUGAGGAUUGGUCACAGAUUUCUGAGUUGCUGUCGAGAGACAUCAUUUUAUUCCUUGAAAAAGUUGCAUGCUAAGAAGAGGAAGAUUGUUGACAGAAGAGCCUCUAAUAGUCGCAAGAUAAGGUAUAAUGUUUAUGAGAAGAUAGUAAAUUUCAUGGCUCCAGAGACCAUGGUCGUUUCUCCUAUGCUUCCGGACCUCAAUAAUUUGUUCGGGUUGAAGAAGCAGAAACCAGCUUCCGUAGUGCAGUAGCAAUGCAAGGCUGAAUCAGCUGUAUAGUCCUUGAAUCUCAGGCUAAGAAAUUGUCUGCUGUUAAUUUAUUUGAUAUAUUAUUCAAUCUAUUAUCUGUUGCACUGAUAUUUAUGUAUAAUUUACACAAUUUUUCAAUGGGAGCCGAGUCUUUAAGAAGUGUGAUUUUGUUGUAACUGAUAAUUAAGAUCUGUAAAUUUGACAUUUAUAAGCAGAUAGGAUGUUUUUGCUUUCCUCGAUGCCGAAAUAUUUCCCCCCAAUUUGAAGAAUUGAUUCUUGCCUGGUAUUGCUAAUGAAUAAUGAUACCUAUGUUAAAGUCCUUCCCUUGUAUGUUUAGAAUCUUUUUUUUUUUUUUCAAUUAUUUACU